UCUCACCGGUGCAAUAUCUGUGAAAGCAAUAUAAUGCAGGAUCACAAGGCAGGUAGUGUCUGUGCAGGCUAGGUUCAUGAAAGUGUGUAUCACGGUGUCGAGAUGAGAAGAAAAGAUGAAAACAAGUUGAAUUGGAGGAGAAAGAUAAAGCAUGUAGUGAUGGAGGACGCGAGAAGAUACUCCAGGGAUAAAGAGAGAUGGAGAGAGAGCGAGCGAGCGAGAAGGAGACAGAGAGAGAGAGAGAGAGCAAGAGGUGGGCUGAACACCAGCCAUCAAAUACGGGAAGCCGAGCCAGUUGUGACGCACUAAGGCACCAAGGCGGUCAAGAUAAAGUGUCAGAAAAAAGUCCAGGAUGCAGAGAAACAUGACAAUCACCCAUCUUCCCUCAUUUCUUCAGCUCUUGCGAAUCCCGUAGAUAAGAAGAGUAUAAAGACCACAAACUGCAGGUUUAUAUUAGUUGAGGAACCUGCUGUCCAGUCACCACGAUGCCGUUACCUAACUGCACCUUCAACUCACUUGCAGCCAUUUUAACUGGUGACAGAGAACUCGGUGACUUAGGAUGCCCCGAUUCUGCUGUGGUAUGUGGAAUGAAUAUCUCCUGGGUGUUGGCGAAUGCCACUCAAGAAGAUCUGGAAGAAAUGCUUUGCUUGACUGAGGACAAGUACCUGUCCAAAAUUCUGGGGGAAUCAAAAUCCCCCAUGUUUCUCCCUGUCUGUGUCACUUACCUCACCAUCUUCAUCGUGGGUGUCCUGGGCAAUUCCCUGACCUGUGCGGUCAUUUUACGCUACAGAGUGAUGCAAACGCCAACCAAUUACUACUUGCUGAGCCUGGCUGCGUCCGACCUGCUGGUGCUGCUUCUGGGGAUGCCGUUAGAGAUCUACGAGAUGUGGCAGAACUACCCCUUCCUGCUCGGAGAAGGGGGAUGCUAUUUCAAAACCUUCCUAUUUGAGACUGUCUGCUUUGCUUCCAUCCUCAAUGUCACUGCGCUCAGCGUGGAGCGCUACGUGGCGGUGGUGCACCCCCUCAAAGUCAAGCAUUUGACCACACGCGCUCACGUUAAGAGGGUCAUCCUCAUGUUGUGGGGGCUGUCGAUGCUGUGCGCUUUGCCAAACACCAGUCUGCAUGGGAUCGAAGUGCUGCCGCCACACUUUGGUCGACAGUUUCCCCGAUCUGCUAUCUGCCAUCUGGUCAAACCCAUCUGGAUGUACAACUUAAUCAUCCUGAUCUCCACGCUGGUCUUCUUCCUGCUCCCCAUGCUGAUCAUUAGCGUUCUCUACCUGCUCAUUGGCUUGAGGCUGCGCAGGGAGAGGGUGAUGACCACGGUGGAUACUAACUGUGGCUUCGGUUCUGAAAGUAUCUCCAGCUCCCACAAGCAGAGGCUGAGCAAACGAAAUGUGCAAGUAACCAAAAUGCUAUGUGUGCUGGUGGUUGUCUUUGGCCUGUGUUGGGCUCCCUUUCACAUCGAUCGCUUGAUGUGGAGCUACAUCAACAUAUCAUACGAGCAGCACCGCAGGAUCUUCGAGCAUGUCCACGUCAUCUCUGGAGUCCUCUUCUACCUGAGCUCCGCCGUCAACCCCAUCCUCUACAACCUCAUGUCCACCAGGUUCAGAGAAAUGUUUAGCCACAUUACCUGCCACUCUAACAGCUGGCGAGGACACUCAAGGAGCUUCCAGAUGACCCAACGCAGCACUCUACGUGAAAAAACACCCCAAAGUAGCAAAACGACUUCUGGAGCCUUUUGAGCCUUUAGGAGACAAAGGAAGUAAAGGAAAAACUGAAUAAACAAAUGGGGAAAAAGAGAGUUCUGCACCAAGCACCUCUAACAUUAUGGAAAACGAUGUUCCUGCAUUCAUAUAGAUCUCAAACACAACCAGAAUCUGUGUCUUAGCAGCUGAUCCGACUCACAAUAAACACAAUUCACAGGUAAUUGCCCACAAAACUACAAAUAUUACACUAAAAUCUGACAAAUACUGUAGUUGGAGCAGCAGGUCUUGUGAACUGUGGGUGGACAGAAACAGACGGUCCUUCAGCCGAAUGAGCUAAAAAAUGGUUCCUGAGGCUCCUCAUCUUAAGAGAAAACAAGCGUAUUUCCAUCCUGCAUGCAUUUACUGUGUAAUCAUUUUUAUCAAGUCCCAGAGUGUAAAAACAACAAUAACUCAAAUUACAUUCAGAGUGAAGACCAACAAGGCCGCACACUGAGGUUACUGCACUGCCACAUGGAUGAUGCAGCAGCAUUUUUACGCAUGGGCAACGCAUCACAUCAACUGCAUCAAAAGUAAACGUUUUCUAUUGGAAAUGGAGGUGAAUGUAUUUAUUACAUACAUACUGUGUAAUGCAAUGAAUAAUAUUUCCAGGCUUGCCUAUUUGCUGCUCUACAGCCUAUUAACACAUUCCUAGCAGCAGUAACACUGAAUACAUUUGUCUGUGAAUGAAAGCCAACGAAGUGUACAUGAAACGGUUUGAUAUUUAUAAUCAUGACACACAUGCCUCAGAAGUAUUUAAAUUACAUUCUGAAAAUACUAAAGAGUCAUUGAUAUUAUAUAGCAGUUGCCACAGAGGUUCCACACAUAUUGAUACGUAUAUUAUGGACUUGUAUACAAUGUACAUUACUAGUAACUCUACAUAUUGCUUAAGUUUCCACUGCAGCAUUUGACAUAUGGUUAUUGCUCAGUUUAAAAUAUCCCAUUCAUUUUCUGCUUUGCUGGUAUAAGCGGUGCUAUUGUUUAUGUAUUGCUUUAAUUACUUUUUGAUGCACAAUGUGUACAUAUGACAUGUUUAUAAUAUCUUUUUAUUUUUUCUUAGUGUGAACCAUUAAAACAGACCUGAUUUUGAAUAUCAGUGCUGCUUGUAAGAUGUGUCA